CCACAGCGAGGACCGCGAUUUCUCCUCUAUAUUCGUGCGACAUCGUGGACGAUCCGGGGGCGACGGGGGGAUUCGUGUUUUGUCAUCCUUGUCAUCGAUGCACCGGGAGCUGUUCUGUCAAACAAUAGAAACGAAUCGUGUUCGUCGUGCCGUGGCAGUGAGUUGGUCCCAUCGUCGUUCGACAUGGGAGACGGCAAGGAGGGCGAGCGGCAGCCACUGCUGAAAAAUGAGAACGUCACAUAUAGCUCGCACAGCAACGAUGCGAUCGGCGACGAAACACAGUCCAAUGUACACACUGUCUCUACGAUCGGUCCGGAUGAGUUGCCACCGCCGUAUCAGUCCGCCAUCCAGGGUGGCAUGCCAAUGGUUACCUGCAGAGUUUGUCAAGCGAUGAUAGAUAUUUCCGGAAAGAGGGAUCAGCAUGUCGUUAAGUGCUGUCAAUGUAACGAGGCUACACCUAUACGUAAUGCUCCACCUGGAAAGAAAUAUGUACGAUGUCCAUGCAAUUGUCUACUCAUAUGCAAGAGUUCUUCACAGCGUAUUGCUUGUCCCAGGCCAAAUUGUAAACGUAUUAUUAAUCUUGCUCCAAGCCCUAUUACACCUCCAGUUCUAUCCAUGCCAGGCAUGUGCAGGGUAGGCUGUGCCCAUUGCCAUGACACAUUCUUGUUUAACACAUUAAAUAAUGCUUUGGCUCGAUGUCCACAUUGCCGUAAAAUAUCUUCCGUUGGUCCAGACUUUGCUAGAGGAAGAGGAAUUGUAUUCAUUAUCGUUGGGAUUAUAGCCUUAAUAAUUGCUAUAGCCGUAACAGUCGGGACCUAUAAAUAUGUAAAAACAAAUGGUGGAAUUUAUGUAGCUUAUGUUGGUGCAUUUCUAUUGGCGCUUUUAUGCUUGGGCCGCAGCAUUUAUUACUGUACGAUGAAGAUCAGUUUGAUAGAGGGUCCUAUGUAGUCUCCCAACAACAGUGAACAAACAACAAUACAAAAUUAAUUCCACUGAGAUGAAUGUCAUUUAACCCAUUUAGAACAAAUGUUUAUAGUAAUGUGACAUUUAAAAUCCUUUUAAGGC